AGCCAUUUGGGAUACUUUAGGAAUCAAUGCAAGAUUACAAGAAAUUGAAUAACUGGGAGUUUCUUUGGCAACAGACAAGAUUAAUCUGAUCUGUUGUAGGGAUUUUGGAGCAACAUCAACAAGAAACAGAUACUAGUGUGGACUUUUCUCGUUUGAAUAUCAAAUUAUUUCAUAUUAGGGUUUUAUUUUUAUCUAGUCUUGAAGGAGCUUGAAGACAUGCCAGUUUCAGGACAUGAAGAGCCUGGGUUUAAACCCCACGGUUGGCAUUCUAGUGAUUCUAUUGCAGGUGUACCCAUCAAGAAAAGAAGGUUACCAUUUGUUGUGCCUCAGUCACCUCCUCCUCAGAUGCAGUCAUCAGAGGCAGUGGAACCUGUCAAAACAGAGAAAGAACAUUCUAACCUAAAGGAAGAGUCAUCUCCAAAUGCAGGUGAUGCAAGGGAGGCUUCUGGGACUGGUACAUUUAGAAGUUAUUCUCUGGAAGAAAAGGGUAAAUCUUCUGCUGAUAGUAAUGUUUACUUUGUCCAAAGUAAGGUUAAUCUUCCUGGAUUUGGUCUUGGGGAACCAGCUCAUGCUGUGGCCUCGGGUUCUGGUGCUGAAAAGAGCGACAAACAGGAAGUUAAGGUUGCUGAUAAGCCAGUGUCCCCAAAAAUUCCAGAAAAUACUGAGCUACAGCUGACAGAAAAGGGAGCUACUGUGCUGGGAAUAUUGGAAGAAGCAAGUGGGAAGGAGAAACUUGAGAGCAGUAAUGGUUCUGAACUUCUGAACUCUCCAGGAAAUUCUGAAUUACCAUUAGUAUCAAAGGAACCGAUGAUUUCAGCUUUGACAGAUCAAAAUAGCCUUGGGAGCUGUGGAAAGCAACAAUUUAUUGAUCCAUGUUCAUUGAACUUGACUUUGGCCAAGGCGGACACUGAUGUAAAGAAUAAAAAAACUGUUUCCAAUUCAACGAUUGCUGGCACUCUUCCACCUGUUAACAGGUCACUUUGGGAUUUGAAUACUACGAUGGACACAUGGGAAGACUCCAUGAAUGAUGCGUCCACAUCUCACAGAUUACGUGGUCCUGACGGGUCAGAUGGAGUUGCCACACUUGGUACAGUGCCUGUGAUAUCUUCGGCUGUAAGGGUUUUUGGGGAACCUGAAAGAGCUGGUGUUACUAUAGGGAAAGAUGUUCUUGAUAAGAAUGAAUACAAGUCCAAGCUUCAUAGCUUCUCCAACCUUCAUGAUCGACAAACUGUAUCUGAUGAUCUUCUUAAUCUAUGCCUUAGUCCAUCUGGUCUCCAGUCACGCUUCAGUCAAGAGCGGCCCUGUAUGCGAAGGAAAAUAGAUUCAAUGGGAGUAGAAACUAACUUGAAAUUAUCUGAAACACUGGUGUCGUCAGCCAGCAAAUUGAAUAUGGUUGGUAGCAUUGUAAAGUCUGAGCCACCUGAUGAAGUUAAUAAGCUGGAUUUUAGGACUGCAAAUGCAAACUCUGUGAAUUUUUCAGAUAUUAGAAUUGUAAAAUCUGAACAAUUGGAAGAUCACAGCCAAGAAUCCCUCAAAUCAUUGUCGACCAGCAAUAUGAAAUUGGUAGAUCAUGGCUUUGUAAAAUCUGAGCCAGUUUGCAAAAAUAAUCAAGUAGUCUUAAAAGCAGUAGAAGAAAUACAAAGCCAAUUAGAACAGGCAACAUGCACUGCAGGUGUGUCUAUAAUCAGGGAUGGAUUGCACUGUUCAGAAAUUCCUACCCGCAUGGAAACAUUUGGUACUAGGGGGUUGUCCCAUCCUUCGGAGUCUCAUACUUCUGCAGUGGAUAUUCCAAAGAGUGCAGAGGUUUCCUGCCAGUCAGAUUUGCCUCCUUGUACGAAGGAAACAUCUGUUAAAGAUGAUGUAACACAGGAAGCAUGUGGAAGUUAUGGUGGAGUUGAUUCAGAUGUGGGCCAUGUGGCUUCUGAAUCUGUUGGUCAAGAUGCUAAGGAAUCAAAGAUGGGAGUUGUUAUGAUAGCUACUUCAGAAACAAAAGGUUCAGGUGGUAUUGAUCCCGAAUCUUCCAGAUUAAAAUUGACUCGUGAACUUCACUCAGAUUCAUAUCAGCAUGGUGAGGUGGCUGAGAGUGAUGAGGAAAAGAUCAACAUUUCAACCGAUAUGCUGGAGGAUGAUUCUUAUGAUACUGGCUAUGAAUCAGAUGGUAGUCAUGCAAUGGGUGUUACCAGUGUAGAAGAUAAACAACAUCGAGGAGAAGAUGAUUUUGAAGAUGGUGAGGUUCGAGAACCAUUGUUGCAUAAAAGUGGUGUGUGCGAGGAAAAAGAAAAACAGCAAAUUGAUUAUGAUGGAGAAUCUGAAAACAGGGAUGAUGGCAUGUGUGGUGAUCAUGUCUCUACAUCCACUGGUGAGGACAGAGGGGCUAAAAUAGAAGAAAUUGGUGAGUCAAAUAAUGCUUUUUGUGGAGGAGAGUGCAAUAACAGCUUGCUUAAUGAAAAGAAUGAUCAAGACAUGGGUAAAGUUGCAACUUCACAAGAAUCAUUGGGAGUCGAAAUGCUAUCUACAGGAUCUGAUAAGAAGGUAACAAUUAGAGCUGCUAUAAGCAAACCACUAAAUUGUUCAGGAAGGGAAGAUGGUUCAAGGGGUCAUGAGGGAGAUCUAACAUCCAAUCAUGCACUUUGUGAUUGCCAGGUGACUACCAUAGGUGAUGGUCAAUCUGAUGCGAUAAGCGAACAGGAGGAUGUCAAAGCUGAUCCAGGUGAAAUUAAUCAUUUGGUUUUGCCCAAUGCAGAACCAUCAAUAGAUGGCGAUGAAUCAACUAAAGAUAGAGGCACCAGAAGGCGAAUUAUAAAUUUGUCUCGAGCUUCUAAUGGGUCGUCAUCUUCAAGUAAACUGAGAACUAUUCCUGGCAGGUCGUUGCCAUCAAUUACGGAAAAGGAAAUUUAUACUGAUGUAGUAUUCAAGGGUGAUAAAAUGCAUAGUGAAGGCAAUAGAGAUGAAAGCUACAAUGAUGGAGUUCGCAAGUUUGAAAGAGAAAGAAAUCAAGAUCAGGCAGUUGGUAACUCUGGAUCUGAUUUUUUACAUAGCAGAGGAAGGGUUGACAACCGGUUGGACUCAUUACAUGGUGAUUGGGAUUCUGACCAUGACUUUGGGUCGGAACACUACAGCGGUCCUACUCUUCGACUACCUAGAUCUAAAAAUGCAGUUGCAGUUGCUGCUGCUAAGCUUGAGUGUAGUGGUUUCAUUGUUGCACCUGAUGGUACUGUAGUAGGUUCAGGCAGGGGAGGGAGGAAACCGUUGAAUGAUGAUUUGUCAGUUUUUUGUCAUCCAUUAUCUAGGAGACGGUCACCUGUUGGAAGAGAAGGUCCUGGUACACACAUGGUUCGCAGACCAACUAGAGAUGUGAGCCCUGAUAGAUGCCCCGGUGGAUUGAGACAUGAAGAGAAAUUUUUGAGGGGUAGGCCAGAAGACUUCUUGGAUCCUGUUUUUUCACAUUCCCAACCUCAAUAUGAGCGAGUAGAUCCUUUUCUGAUUGGGGGCAGAAGCUUUUCGCCUGGUCACAGGAGGGUUCCUCCUCGUGUGCCUCGAAUUCGGUCAAAAUCUCCUCCAAGAACCCGAUCUCCUGGUCCAUGGUCAUCUCCUAGACGAUCUCCUGAUGGGUUUGAUGGACACCCGGCAAUGACUCGUCGUAGAUCUCCACCAGUGUACAGGAUGGACAGGAUGAGAUCUCCUCAUCAACGUCCUUGUUUUGCCAAUGAUAUGGUGGGUAGAAGGCAUGGUUCUCCCCCCUACAUGCCUCGACUACCUAAUGAGAUGAGGGAAAUGGGUUCUUCUAGAGAGCAUGAGCAUCCAAGGCCAUUCAUAUCAAAUAGGAGCCCAUCUGGCAGGGUUUUGCCUAGAAAUAAUAGGAGAUUUGAUAUGAUUGAUCCUCGAGAAAGAACUGAGAAUGAUGAGUACUUUGGUGGGCCUAUGCGCUCUAAUCGAUUUCAUGAACUAGGAGGUGAAGGUGUUGAUGAGAGGAGGAAGUGCAAUGAGAGGCGUGGACCUAUUCGUUCUUUCAGGCCUCCAUACAAUGGCACUCACGUUGAGAACUUCCGUUUUCAUUUUGAGGAUGGUCCUAGGCCUAAUCAGCUCUGUCCAGAAGCUGACACUGAGUUUCAUGAAAGAGGCAACUUUAGGGGAAGGGAAUUUGAUAGGCGACUUAAAUUCCGUCCGGGUAAUAUGCAUAGAAGAACAAGAAGUAUUGAAGAACAAGAAGAAAAUUACAGGCAUGAUGGACAGGGCUGGAAUGAUGCUGGAUUUGAUGAUGUUGCUCGGGUGAAAAGAAGAAGAUUUUGAAUAUGUUCAUCAUAUUUGGCUAUUAUGAUCAUUAAAUGAUCUGCAAGUGAUGGUAUAAUAAAAGCUGAAUGUGUCUCCUGCAAUUCUGUGAGGGCUUGAGUAAGGUUAUUUUAGUGGAACUUAGAAGUAAAUCACUAACUUUGUAUGCAUUUCUAUGUGAAGUUCUCAAAAUUACGUCAGUUUCACCCCGGCCGAUCAACCUAUGAAGAGAAUACAUGUUGCAUUAUUGCUGCUUCACUCUAUAUAAAAUGCUGCUGAUGAUCCGAUUGAAUCUGUACAUGGUAUAGUACUCCUUAGUCUAUCUGUUACUACAUAUUCUGGUCACACAUUUUGCUUUUAUAUGCCAUAAAUCUAUGUCAGCUCAUCCUUGUUGAUGGAUUUUCUUUGGUACUGAUGGCUUAUGUAAGUCCUUGGUUGGUGACACUUCUACUUUUAUGAGUUUUUUAUAUGAUUUUAUGA